GGGAAGAAUGCAAUGGACCUUUAUGUGAAACUAUUUCAACUACAGGAUCAGAAGUCCCAAGCAGCUCUGAGUCCUACAGCCGUGGGCCAGGACCCCAGAUAGCUUAUGGACGGGUCUUCGGAGGAGACCUGUGCUCUGCAGAGUCCUCUGCUGUUGGUCUUCCUCCCACCCCUGCGGGGAGUCUGGCCAGAGCACGUUGCAGCACCCUGCAGACCCACGUACAGGAAAAUGAUGAGCACCCAGGUCUUGUACAAUUUAUUCCUAGUGAUGGCUUAAAUGAUAAAUUCAAGCAAAUCGAAAGGAUGACAGACAAAAUUGAAAAGAGAUAUAAGCUGUUCCUGAAGCGACGUCUCAGGAUUGAUAAAAGACAUGAAAGCAAAGAUUCCAUUUUCUUCAGGGACGGUGUCAGGAGAAUUGAUUUUGUUCUCUCCUAUGUGGACGAUCUUAAUAAGGAAUGGGAAAAAAAGGUGGAAAGAAGAAAAGAAUUUGAGAGCAAUCUGCAAAAGGCUGGUUUGGAACUAGAAACUGAAGAUAAGAAGGAAUCUGAAGAUGGCAAGAUUUAUUUUGUGAAGAUCCAUGCCCCGUGGGAGGUUCUGAUCACGUAUGCAGAAGUGCUGAAUAUUAAAGUUCCCAUCAAGGAAAAUGACAUUCCCUCAGCGGUGGAGAACCCCCUGGACUGUAUGCUUGCACCACUCAGGCUUCCCGAGAAGGUCAUGCACCCCGAACCAGAUUAUUUCACGGCACCGUUCAGCAAGGAGAAGCAGGAGCUGUACCUCAUUAAUGACGAGAGCACUUUCUUCUCACCAUCCAUGAGAAACAGAAUAGUUAAUUAUAUUCUUACGCGUUGCCCGUAUGGAACAGAAGAAGGAAAGAAAAAAUUUGGGAUUAAGAGACUGCUAAAUAAUGGCACCUACUCAGCUGCAUAUCCUCUUCAUGAUUGCCAGUACUGGAAAAAGGCAAAUGAUCCAAACUGUGACAAUGAGAGAUACACGCUGUACAUGGAGUGGGCCCGUUUCUUGCGGUUCUACAAAGAACAGCCUUUGGACCUCAUCAGGAAGUACUACGGUGAGAAGAUUGGAAUUUAUUUUGCCUGGUUAGGAUUUUACACCGAGAUGUUAUUCCUUGCAGCAGUUGUUGGCUUAAUCUGUUUUCUUUAUGGCUUGUUUACAAUGGAUGAAAAUAUGAGCAGCAAAGAAAUCUGUGACCCUGCAAUUGGAGGAGAGAUCAUCAUGUGCCCUCUCUGUGACCGAGAGUGUGAGUACUGGAGACUAAACACCACCUGUGAGUCCUCAGAGUAUUCCCAUUUGUUUGACAACGUGGCAACUCUCUUUUUUGCCAUUUUCAUGGGCAUAUGGGUUACACUUUUCUUGGAGUUUUGGAAGAGGCGGCAAGCUAGACUGAAAUAUGAGUGGGAUUUGGUUGAUUUUGAAGAGGAACAGCAACAACUCCAGCUGAGGCCUGAGUACGAGGCAAAAUGUACCCAAAAGAAGAAGAAUCCUGUAACUCAGGAGAUGGAGCCUUAUUUGCCUAUAACUAGCCAGGCUGUGCGGUUCUGCAUCUCAGGAACUACAGUGUUGUUCUGGGUGUCUCUGAUCAUAGCUAGCAUGAUAGCUGUGAUCGUGUAUCGUCUCGCGGUGUACGCUGCCUUUGCCAGCCUGAUGGAGAACACUCAAACUUUACAGCCCAUCAGUGGAUUACUGACCCCUCAGCUGGCAACUUCAGUCACGGCCUCGUGCCUCAAUUUUGUCAUCAUCAUGAUACUGAAUUUCUUAUAUGAGAGAAUAGCCAUCUGGAUUACUGAUAUGGAGAUUCCCAGAACUCAUAUGGAGUAUGAGAACAGGCUCACUAUGAAAAUGUUUCUGUUCCAGUUUGUCAACUACUAUUCAUCCUGCUUCUACGUGGCCUUCUUCAAAGGGAAGUUUGUUGGUUACCCAGGUGCCUACACAUACAUGUUUAAUCGCUGGCGAAAUGAAGAGUGUGAUCCUGCGGGUUGUUUGAUAGAAUUGACGACACAGCUCACCAUAGUCAUGGCUGGCAAACAGAUCUGGGGAAAUAUCCAAGAGGCCAUUGUACCCUGGAUUUGUAACUGGUGGGGACGCCGGAAAGCCAGAAAUAAUCCAGAAAAUUUAUACAGUCGCUGGGAGCAAGACCACGAUCUGCAGACAUUUGGAGCCUUAGGCCUGUUCUAUGAAUAUCUAGAAAUGGUCAUUCAGUUUGGAUUCAUUACUCUCUUUGUGGCGUCCUUUCCCCUGGCUCCUCUUCUUGCUCUGAUGAAUAAUAUCCUGGAGAUUCGAGUAGAUUCCUGGAAAUUAACCACUCAGUACAGGAGACCUGUGGCUGCAAAAGCCCAUAGCAUAGGAGUUUGGCAAGAAAUCCUGAACGGGAUGGCCAUCUUAUCUGUUGUCACUAAUGCUUUUAUUGUUGCAUUCACAUCAGAUAUGAUUCCUCGUUUAGUUUACUACUAUGCUUAUUCUGAAAACGAAGACUCGCCUAUGUCUGGAUACAUAAACAAUAGUUUGUCGGUGUUUCAAAUCUCAGAUUUUCCUGACAGAAACAAGCCUAAACUGAAUCCGGAAAACUUUGUCAUAUGCAGGUACAGAGACUAUCGAUAUCCUCCAGAUCAUGAGAGGAAAUAUUUACACACUAUGCAGUUCUGGCACAUUCUUGCUGCAAAGCUGGCCUUUAUAAUUAUUAUGGAGCAUGUUGUAUUCAUCGUCAAAUUCUUUGUAGCAUGGAUGAUUCCUGAUGUCCCUGCAGAUGUGAAAGCCAAAAUAAAACGUGAAAAGUAUCUAACACAGAAAAUCCUGCAUGAGUAUGAACUUGAAAAACUGAAGGAGAGACUGUGUCAAGGUGACAAACAAGCCACGGAAAAGGAGUUCAUCGCCACGGAAGGGAGAAUGGAAUUAUCCAGAGCAAUGUAGUUGAAAAAACAACUGUUCGGGAUUUAACUCAUUUUAGCUUUUUUAUCUGUGAUUUGCUCAGUAUGCAUCGUGUUGAAAGCUAUAAGACAGUUUCAACCCUUUGCUUUCGGUCC